AUGGCGGAAAAACUGCAAGAAUAUCAGGGCAUAACUGGCAGGUUGCAUUGCGCUAAAGAACGGUAUCGGGAACGAUUGGUGCAGUGGAGAGAAGAACACCCUAGAGGUAUUAGGCAAGUUAUUAGAGAAACAUUAUUUGGUAUCCCAUCGUCUGAUGAUGCGCCAGAGCGAGUUACGCAAGAUGGCGAUGCAGGCGAAUAUAGCGAUCUGUUUAGGCGAAAAAGCCGAAUGGAGUUAAUGCGGAUAUCUGCAGCUGUAAUGGGCAUUGAGUUUUCCUAUGCUGGAGAAACAGCUUUCGUCUCCCCAACGUUAUUACAAAUCGGAGUACCGCAUCAGCAAAUGACUUUAGUGUGGGCUUUAUCACCCUUGAUUGGUUUCUUCAUGACGCCACUCCUCGGCUCACUAAGUGACAGAUGCAACUCGAAGUUUGGAAGAAGAAGACCUUUCAUUGUGCUAAUGUCUAUAGGUGUUUUGCUAGGUCUUAUUUUAGUGCCGAAUGGAGAAGCAAUUGGUUACGUUUUGGGUGACCAGGGUAAUGGAAACAGAACUGAAGUCCCUUCGGUAUUGGGGCCAAGAAGUUCGGCUUUAGAUACAGCUGGAACCAAUCAUCAUCCUUGGGGUGUAUUUUUCACGGUCCUCGGAACGGUGUUCUUAGACUUUGACGCCGAUGCGUGUCAAAGUCCCGCCAGGGCUUAUCUACUUGACGUGACAGUUCCAGAGGAUCACGCCAGGGGACUUAGUACAUUCACGAUAAUGGCCGGUCUGGGAGGAUUUAUGGGAUACGCGCUCGGCGGAAUUAACUGGGAUGAUACUACAUUAGGAGAAAUCUUUGGUGGGCAUGUGAGAGCAGUGUUUUCCCUCAUUACGAUAAUAUUUAUAGUAUGCGUGUCGGCCACAGUGACUAGUUUUAAAGAGAUUCCUCUAAGUGAAUUGCACGGCAACGAAGAUCUCAGAAAACCGGCUCAAAGUCAACGUCUGCAGGAGAGCUUUGAUGCAGAUGAUGGUGACGUUGAAAAAAAUAGCCUUCAUAUAGAUAAGACGUCAUAUGGGUCUUUAAACCAACCAGAGGUGGAUACUGCAUUAAAUAUUCCCGAGUUUGCCCAUAGUGGAGAGCCACUGUCGCUUCGACAUUACCUUAAAUCAAUCGUUGUGAUGCCGAACUCCCUGCGUGUGGUGUGCUUGACCAAUCUGUUUUGCUGGAUGGCGCACGUCUGCUACUCGCUCUACUUCACAGAUUUUGUCGGUGAAGCAGUUUUCGGUGGAAAUCCAGCUGCGCCAGUGGGGAGUCUCAGCCGUAUUAACUAUGAAGCAGGCGUUCGUUUUGGAUGCUGGGGAAUGGCGAUGUAUUCUCUUUCAUGCGCCUGUUAUUCUACCAUAAUAGAGAAACUUAUAAAAAGACUUGGUGCUAAGAAAGUUUACGUGGGUGGCCUAUGCACUUAUAGCUGCGGGAUGAUGAUGCUCAGUCUUCUGCGUGUGCGCGCGGCUGUAAUCCUCUUCAGUUGGACAGCUGGCGUUAUGUAUUCAACACUCUUCACUAUGCCGUAUCUCCUAGUGGCGCAUUAUCACGCAACGGGAAUGUGGGAUAGUGCAGGUGGAGGUAGUGGUGAAGAGCGUGGUAUUGGAACUGACGUGGCAGUGGUAAGCAGCUGUGUGUUCGUCGCUCAGCUUCUAGUCUCUUUCAUUAUGGGUUUCGCUGUGAAGGCGAUGGGGUCGACCGCUGCAGUGGUGACAGUAGCUGCGAUCCUCGCCGCAGCUGCUGCUUUCACUGCGACUAAAAUAACUUAUCUAGAUCUGUAA